UGAUUUGCAACAUCAAGUUUGUUGACUUGCCCCUUACAAUUCCCUUCCCCCGACAAAGUUCCCCUGCUUUUCGUCCAUACAAACACUAAAAAACCAGUACUAUAUAAACACCUGAAAUAUCAAAAAAUUGAAAAUUCCAAUUUUUGAUUCAUUUUUCAUCAUCCCUCAUAAAUCUCUUCACCAAAGAGUGAAGAGAAUUCAAUCAAAAAAAACCCAAAAAAAUUAGAUUACACAUUGAAUCAAAUCACCCAAACUCUCAACAGAAUAAUUCCUAUUCAUCCCAAAUCCGAAGAACUGGAGUCGUCGGGUGGCGUAAACGGGCAGAUCAGGUACAGAUCGCCGUCGUCGGCGGAGCUUUUCUCGGAGAAUCAACCACCGCCAUUAUCAUCAUCAUCAAACCCAGUUGGGGUUUCAUCAUCAACACAAUCACCAGCAUUAUCUGAUCCACCCCAUUCACAAGACGCACAUCACUCUUUCGACAAAAUGCUUAAGAGAAACAAGUACCAACAAGAGUCGUUUUCCGACAAGAUUUACCGUUUUCGCGGGGUUAUUCUUUUGAUUACAUUGCCGCUUUUGCUGAUCUCGUUUGUUCUUUACAUGAUGCCGGGUCCCACUGAUGAAGGGUUCUCUCCUAGGAAGAUGAAAACGGGAUUACUUGAUAGUAAUGGUAAUAGAUAUGCUGUGAUCUUUGAUGCUGGGAGUUCUGGGAGUAGGGUUCAUGUUUUUUGUUUUGAUAAGAAUUUGGAUCUUGUUCCGAUUGGAAAUGAGCUCGAGCUCUUUGUUCAGAAAAAACCAGGUCUAAGUGCCUAUGCGAGCAACCCUCAGGAUGCUGCUAAUUCACUAGUUUCUCUCCUAGAGAAAGCCGAAGCUGUUGUUCCCAAGAACUUGCUUGCGAAAACUCCAGUUAAAGUUGGGGCAACUGCAGGUUUGAGGCAACUGGAUGGUGAUACGCCCGAAAGAAUAUUACAAGCAGUCAGGGACCUGCUCAAGGAUAAAAGUGAUCUGAAAUCAGAAUCAGAUUGGGUCACUGUCUUGGAUGGAACACAGGAAGGUGCUUUUCAGUGGGUGACCGUAAACUAUCUUCUAGGAAAGUUGGGUAAGGAAUACUCUGAUACAGUGGGAGUAGUUGAUCUUGGAGGCGGAUCUGUUCAAAUGGCAUAUGCUGUUUCUGAGAGUGAUGCUGCAAAAGCUCCAAAGAUAUCAAAUGGUGAGGAGGCAUAUGUGAGGGAUAUGUAUCUGAAGGGAAAAAAAUAUCACCUAUAUGUGCACAGUUACUUGCAUUAUGGUUUACUAGCAGCUCGUGCUGAGAUUAUAAAGGCAGUUGGGAAUUCUGGAAAUCCAUGCAUAUUGGAAGGCUAUAAUGGUUCUUACAAGUAUGGAGGAGUUGGUUAUGAAGUAUCGACUUCUCCAUCAGGUGCGGAUGUGGAUUCUUGCAAAUCAUUUGUGGCAAAGGCUCUGAAAGUCAAUGAAACAUGUACACACAUGAAAUGCUCUUUUGGCGGUGUAUGGAGUGGUGGCGGGGGUGAUGGACAGAAGAAUCUGUUUGUUGCUUCGUUUUUCUUUGAUAGAGCGGCUGAGGCUGGUUUUAUAAAUUCAAAGGAGCCAGUUGUCACUGUACGCCCUUCAGAUUUUAAGGAAGCUGCUGUGCGUGCUUGUGGCACCAAGAUUGAAGAAGGGAAAUCUAAAUACCCAAAUGUUGAAGAUGGCAAUCUGCCUUUCCUUUGUAUGGACCUUGUCUAUCAAUACACGUUACUCGUCGAUGGUUUUGGCCUAAAACCAUCACAAAAGAUGACAUUGGUAAAGCAAGUACCAUUCAGAAAUUCGUUUGUGGAAGCGGCUUGGCCACUAGGAAGUGCCAUAGAUGUUAUGUCAUCCUUGGCAUAGUUUAGAAAUUCAUAGCCGUUGAGGCAUUUGGAUAGGAGUCUUGUGUUUACCGCUGCUUGUGUCGGCUGGUCAGUGGCUCCAGAAGUUUUGACACGGCUUCUUGGUAUGUAGAUCUGUACCAAAUUGAUUCAGAAAUUUGUUGGAUGACUUUGGAAAUUAACUUUGAUACUUUAUACUUACAAUACAAUUAGCUCAUUGUUUUA